AAUGUAAUGUAGUCGUGUCGCGAGACUGCAGUAUGAAGUUGAUUCUCGUUUUGAGCUUGGCCCUUGUGGUCUCCACCGCAGUGCUUGCCAAACCUAAUAAGGAAGUAGCAAAAGAAAAGCCUGUCGAAGAGUCCAUCGAAGAAGGAGACCCUACCCUCAACGAUGACAUACAUCCGGAGGAGAUUACCAAAACCCACACCGAUGAAGAUAUCAAAUCAAAAUCUCUUCCAAAGGGUUUAAAAAUCGCCGAAAUUGAAGAAGAAUAUACACCUGAAGCGGUACCAGAAGCCAGAGUUUCUUAUGACGGCAGUCAACUGCUGCGAGUCGUCCUGGAUUCAAAGGAUAAGAAGAAAAUCAUAGGAAAAUUGAGAGAUACACGUGAUAUUUCCAUGUGGGGUGGUAAUCAAACUGCAGUGGACAUUUUGGUGCGCCCAGAUUCAAAGGACACCGUGCUAAAAAGUUUGGCUAGCAACACCAUCAACUACGAGGUCGUCAUUGAAGACGUCCAGAAAGCCAUUGACGAAGAAAACCCGGUACAAGAAGAUGACGAGUUAGAGAACAGGCAAGGUCAUCAGAUGACUUGGAAUUCCUACCACCGCGUAAGCACCAUUCACAGUUACCUGGACUACUUAGGACAGACAUAUCCAAAUCUGGUCAGUACGCAGGUGAUCGGCACCAGCCACAAAGGGCGCCCGCUUAAGCUCGUCAAGAUCUCGAAUGGAAAGUCGGGUAACAAAGCCAUCUUCGUCGAUGGUGGCAUGCAUGCACGCGAAUGGAUCUCACCCGCAUCAGUUUCAUACAUAAUCAAUGAUUUGGUACUGAACUUCGAUUCGUUACCGAAUGAUUUGCAGAAUUUAGACUGGUAUAUUCUGCCAGUUGCCAAUCCCGAUGGUUAUGAGUAUUCACACGAGACUGACCGAUUAUGGAGGAAAAAUAGAGCGUACAAUGGACAGUGUCACGGUACUGAUCUAAAUCGCAACUUCGGAUAUAAAUGGGGCGGUCGCGGAAGUGGACACAAUCCAUGUCAAGAGAUCUACGCGGGUACCGGGCCCUUCUCUGAACCAGAGUCCAACGCAAUUCGUAACUUUAUUACCUACACGAAAGCCAACUGGCAAGGCUACGUUUCCUUCCAUUCAUACGGACAAUACAUUCUGUAUCCAUGGGGUUACGACAAGUUUGUAACAAGCGAUUAUCAAGAUAUGAGCAGAGUUGCAAAAGCUGCAGCUCAAGCAAUUCGUGAUGCUGGUGGACCGAGUUACACCGUGGGCUCAUCGGGAAUAACCCUGUAUCCAGCCUCUGGUGGUUCGGACGACUGGGCAAAGGGUUCAAUCAAAAUGAAGUAUGCCUACACGAUCGAGCUACGCGAUACUGGCCGCCACGGUUUCAUCCUGCCAGCGAAUUACAUCAAACCAACUGCAACUGAAGCGUUCGCCGCGCUGCGCGUGGUCGCGAAAGCGGUUGCCGCCAUUUAAUCGGCACGAACACAAACUGUCCGGUUUAUUGACUGAUCACUAAAUACUAUUUACUUACAAGUGUGA